CGGCGAAUCAAAUGCGACGAGGGCAAGCCCACCUGCGGGAACUGCAUCAAGUCCAAGAGACAAUGUGAGGGAUACAACCAGCGCAUUGUCUUCAAGGAGUCUAUGGGGCCGUUUCCUUCUGGCCACCUUUGGGGACAUCCUGUGUACCAUCAGCAGGCCCAGGAGGCCCUUCUGAACGCUCAGCUCUCGGAAGCACAAACCAAGGCUGCCUCGUCACAAGGACCGCUUGCCGCUAUUGCUCCCAAGCCGCUAUCCGUUGAUUUUUCUGGUACCGGGACGCACCCUUACUCUCAGGGCUUUGCGGGACCUUCCAACCAUUCUAUCGCUGGGCCACCCCUCUUUAGCCCGCAGCACAUCGACCCACAACAACAUCACUUGCCUAGCCCGCCGCUCUUGACUCCCAAUACUGUUCAGUAUCCCGACCAGUAUUCUUCACCUGGGGACGGGUUGCCCUUCUCGGACUAUUAUGGAGCUCAGACUCAACAGCCGGUUAGCGCUCUUGGACAUGUCUCCCCCAUUCAUGGUCACCAUGGUCAAUAUUCUCAUCCUCAACCCCAUCCCCAUGACCAGGGCUAUGGCCAUGGUCAUGGCCAAGAC